UCUAAGGCCUUACCACUCGCACACGUUAAAUCGUUAGUUCCAUUACAUAUGAAAAGACCGCGUUGUUCGGCCGCUGCACGGUUUAGCAGCUUUCAAUAAUUGUUGCUACCACCCAAAAAACAUCGAUUUAUACUUUUAUUAAGAUAACGGUAAAUAUCCUCAUUUCGUCUUAUUUAUUAACUAAUUUAUUUGUUAAAGAACUACCUUGGUAUUUUGAGUAUUCUAUUUUUUAAAAAGAGUUAUAUACUGGAAUACGACGGUUUACUUCAAUUUCUGACCUAAAAUGGCAUCACCACUACAUAAUGGAAAAAUCCAUAGAUUGGAAUUGAUUAAAAUCGUUCAACUCGAUUUAAACCAAGAAAAUGACACAAAUAAUGCUAUUGAAUAUUCGCCAGCACACAUCACAACAAUAAUCACUUGUAGUACUGCUGAGAGUGGUGUAGUUUCUCAAGGAAUACAAUUUAAAUUGCUAGAUAGUCACAGUAAAAUAAUUGCUGAGUUUACACCAGAUUAUUCAGUAGAUUAUUGUAAAAUAGCCAGAGAUAAAUAUGCAGUACAAAUAAGUGAUCACACUUAUACUUUACAAUUUAAAACUCAUAAUGAUUUAUUUGAAUUUACUGCAUCACUAGCUCGUGCUAAAAAAGGUAAUCAUAUAUCUGUGUUCUCAAACCGUACAGAUGAAGCUUCAGCUACUCAAUAUUUUCAAUUUUAUGGAUACUUGUCCCAACAACAAAAUAUGUUACAAGAUUAUAUACGAACAAGCACAUAUCAAAAAGCUGUACUUGUCAACACUAUAGAUUUUGCUGAUAAAGUAGUUUUAGAUGUUGGUGCUGGAUCUGGAAUUUUAUCAUUUUUUUCUAUACAAGCUGGUGCUAAAAAAGUGUAUGCUGUUGAAGCUAGUUCAAUGGCACAACAUGCUCAGUCUUUAGUAAAUGCCAACAAUUUAGAUGAUAAAAUAGUUGUUAUUCCUGGUAAAAUUGAAGAAAUUGAAUUACCUGAAGAAGUAGAUGUUAUUAUAUCAGAACCAAUGGGCUAUAUGUUAUACAAUGAACGGAUGCUUGAAACUUAUCUACAUGCAAAAAAAUGGCUUAAACCAGGAGGUAAAAUGUAUCCAAGUAAAGGUGAUUUACACAUAGCACCAUUUACAGAUGAUGCAUUAUUUAUGGAACAAACGAAUAAAGCAAGUUUCUGGGUUCAAACAUGUUUUCAUGGUGUAGACCUGAGUUCACUCCGUGAUGUGGCAAUGCGAGAAUAUUUUCGUCAACCCAUAGUUGAUACUUUUGAUAUAAGAAUUUGCUUAGCAAAAUCAGUUAAACAUAGUUUAGACUUUCUAACUGCUGAUGAACAACAAUUACACAAAAUAGAUAUACCUCUUGAGUUUUACAUACUUGAAUCAGGAACUGUUCAUGGGCUUGCUUUUUGGUUUGAUGUUGCAUUUCAGGGUUCAAACCAAACUCUUUGGUUAUCAACUUCUCCUACUGAGUCAUUAACCCAUUGGUAUCAAGUAAGGUGUCUUUUGGAAAAACCUGUACUUGUCAAAGUUGGACAAGUAUUGACUGGAAGUGUUUCUCUUCAAGCUAAUGUUAGACAAAGUUAUGAUGUUUUGAUGACUUUAAUGAUUGAUGGUUUGCCACAUACAAGUUCUUCAAAUAAUUUAGAUCUUAAAAAUCCAUACUUUAGAUAUACUGGUCAACCCCCUCAACCACCACCUGGUGUUAACACAAUUUCUCCAAGUGAGAGUUAUUGGGCUAAUAUUGAACUUCAAAGUACAACAUCUGCUCUAGUCAAUGGUAUUCCAUUGAAUGGGUAUGCCACUGAUAUUGCUAUGGAUAUAUCACCAGCACCAGCAGUUGUGGGCAAUAAUGGAAAUCUUAUUAGCUUAGUUACAGUACCUCAACCUAAUAUACAUCCUGGAUCAAUAAGUAGUACUGGACGGCAACGUGUUAGCACAGCUACCUCUACUGCAGGAGCACAACUAAUAGGAGGAGGAAUAUCACCUACUUUGUACCAAACUCAAAAUCAACAGUUAUUAUUAGGAGCAGCUACAGUUCCUGCAGCAGCUGGAGGUUCUCUAACUGCAUCAAUGGGUAAUUUCCCUGUGAAUAAUACUCUAAUGAUUGGAGAUUAUGUAACACCAAAUGCUGCUGCAACAAAUGUGUUAAAUAUAUCAUAUCGAUGAUGUUUUAGCCUAUUUGAUUAUUCAAACAUGUAUAUUAUAAUUAAAUACAUAAGAUUCCAACUAGCAAUUUUCUUAUCAAGAAUGUUCCCUUUUGUAAUUUAAUUAGAAUUUUAUAAUAAGUUAUAUGACGUCAUAAAAAACUAGUUUUUUUAUAUUUUAUAUUGUAUUAAAUUCUAUAGAUUACAAUGUAUAUCAGGUUUUAUAACUACAAGAACUAUGUAUUUUGAAAAACAUUCUAUAUUAUAUCAGAAACAAUUAUGUAAACAGAGAAUUGUUCUAAAAAGUUAAAAACAUCCUCUUAGUAUUGCAUUUUGACAGUACUAAGUUGGUUUUUAUUAGUUAAAUUAUUAUUCACAUAAUAAUUUUAGUUUUAUGGUUUGGUAGAACUAAUUAAAUAUUAGUUAAAUUAGUAAGUUAAAUGUCAGUAUACUAAUGUUUAAAAAUUAAACAUUGUCAAAAAAAAAGUAGCCUGUUUUUAGUUCAGACUUGUAAAUUAAUUUUAUUAAAUAAAUAAAUGAAAUUUAUUAUUUACCAUCAUAUACAAUAAAAUUAUGUAAGAAUCAUUUAAAGUUGUAGGAUAGUAUUGUAAAGUGUAUAUUACUUUUUUAAUUAUUGUACUUUUUUAAAAAUAUGAUUAAAAAAUUUUAAAAUU